GCUCAGAGUAUAUUGUUUCUAUUCUGUCAGUUCAUAUGUGAAUUGAAUUGUGGUGUGGAAUAUGUGGUGUUUCAAAGGACAGAAAGACCUUUGCGUCUACAUUUUACCAAAUCAGAAGAAAUCUUUUGGCAAAUCAAGUGAUAUUAAGCUGGAAGAAGAUGCCACAAUCAGCAGACUUCAUGCGGUAGUUUCUGUGGAAUCAACAGGAGAAUUAAAUAUACAAUAUAAAUGUGUUAUUAAUGAUGUAUCUAAAUAUGGAACAUUUGUUACAAGAGAUGACAAAAAGAUAAAACUAUCUAAAAAUGAAACAUUUCUUCUGAAAGCUGGUGAUAUAGUGCAAUUUGGCCUGAAAGAAGCAACAUUUGUUGUCCAACACCAUUCAUUUGUGACUGCAAGAUCCAGUUUGAACGAAGAGGAACUGAAUAGAUUAAAGAAUAUCAUAGACCAUAUUGGGGGACAAUUGUUGGAAACUUGGGAGAAUUCUUGUACUCACUUGACAGUUGCUAAAAGCGUUCUAUUUACCACAAAAUUAGCUUAUGCAUUAGCUUCAGCUAAACCGAUUAUCACAAUUGCAUAUUGGGAAGCAGUAAAUGUGGCCAUUGAGGAAUCUAAAGAAUUGCCAGAAGCUGAGACUUUUCUACCAAUAGUAAAAGAAGACUGGCUGAAAGUUUCUCCAAGAUUAUUUCUGCCGAAUGAAAAGCGCAGAACACUUUUCAAAGGCUUGUCAUUUGUACAUUUUUGCAUAAAGCAGUAUCAUGCAUAUGCACCAUUGAUUACUGCAGCAGGUGGCAAAUCAUGCGUGUAUCCUACAAGGAGACCUUUGACCCCCCGGGAUCUCACCGCAAAAAAUGCUAUCGUUAUACAACAACCUGUCAGCGAUUCUACUCUGCUCACUCAAGAUAUUGCUGAUGAUUAUCAUAUCAUAUAUUGUAAACUACAAGCCAUCAAACGUAGACUGGUUUCUGACACCGAAAUUCCACUCGCCAUUUUAUAUUGCUCCACGGAAAAAUAUUGCAAUUCCAAAUUCGACUUUACCACAUUUCUGAAAUCAAAAUCUCGAACGUUUUCUCUUUCUGACAUCACGAUAAUCGAGGAUACGCAAAAUACUGGUAAGAUAGAAAAUAGACAAAUUAAAAGAAAAAUUAUUCCCGAAACUUUAGAGUCUCAAAAUAGUGAGCCUAUUUUGAAGAAGGCCCAUUCUUCUAAUGAAAGUGAACAGGAAAAUGACUCUAACGCCAGUAAGAACACAGUAAAAGACACGCAGGAUGUUUAUGCAAUAGAAAUCAAUCGCAAAAUAAUUCCUGAAACUAGCGACUUUCAAAACAGUGAGAGCAUUUCGAAAAUAGCUUGCUCUUCUAAUGAAAGUGAGCAGAGAAAUAUUUCUGACAAAAGCAACAUUGCGUCAAAAACCCAAAGUGAUAGAAAUAUUUCGAAAAAGAUUCAUUUUUCCGAACAAUUGCAAAUUAUACCCGAAAGCUGUUCUUUAGAAAAAGAUGUCACUAAUAAUUCUCCUAAUAGGAAUAAUCAGAAACAAGCUGUAAUUAUUUCUGAAACUUUUGACUUUAAUGACAAAUACAUUACAAAUGAUUGUGCCACAGAAAAAGAGCAAGAAAAUGUCUUACAAGAAAAGGAAUCUUUUGAAAAAAACAAUUUGAUUUUUGCAGAAAAUAAUCAAAAGAAAAAUAUAUUAAGGGGAAAUAAAGUUGAAUUACAACAGCGAGAAAAUAUUCUUAUAAACGAAGAAAAUAAUGCAAUUCGUGAAAGUAAUAAUGUAUUUUCUGCGAAAAAUAAUCAACAGCAAAAAGAUAGAUUGCAAGACGAUAAACUCAAAUCUCAACAAUCAAAAAUUCCUUUGACAAAUGAACAGAAUAAUUUGAUUUCAGAAAAGUAUGAUUUAAAUCGUGAAAAAAAUAAUACGACUGUUGAAAAAGAUAAAGUAAGCACUACUAACAGUGUAAGUAUAGAUUGGGAAAACUGUAAAAGUUCUGAAAAUUCAAAAAAGCCACGAAUUAUAUCGAUUCAAGAAACUGAUAAUAUUGGGAUCUAUGUACAACGAGGUAACAAAAAAAAUAUGUCGGAAAACAGUUGCUCUAAAGUUGAAAAGUCGCAGGAUUUAUCAAAAGAACAAGAUUUUAAUUUUGCUUUUAAUUCUGAAAGAAAUCAGGAAGAUAGAAGAGCAACAAAGAUUCAAAUGCAAGAAAUACAUGUAAAAAAUGAAGAACCUCGAAGAAAGGGAGAUAACUGGUACAACAAAUACUUGAACCAAGAAUUCACGGAUGAGAUACUGCGGAAAGAUAUACCAGGCGGCAAAAGAUUUACAAAGACAUCUAUUAUAAUUCCCAAAAGAAUAUUGAAGAUGGAUGACUUUGUUUUAUAAUUUACAAUGCAUAAUUGCGCUGAAGAAGAGGAUCCAUCAAUAUUCGCGAGGGAUUAUAGAGAUAUUUAUUUUAUAUUAUUAACAAACGAUUACAAAGAUUUAUUUAAACAUGUAUUACCAAUAUUGUAUACUUUGUUACCAUUUAUAUAAAAUUAAAAUUUUU